AAACAUUUCUGCAAAUUUGGACCGGCGUUUAAGCUUCAACUCUUAUAAAACUAGGGAUAAAUAGCACCCACGAAACAGAAGUAGCAAAACUUCUCUAGCUCAUCAGUUGAGUUUAAUAUUAUGGAGGAGCAGGAGAAGGAGAAGGAGAAGCAGCGUUUACACUUGGUGGUGUUUCCAUGGCUAGCCAUGGGGCAUCUCAUACCCUUCUUCCACCUCUCCAAGCUCAUAGCUCAAAAGGGUCACAAAGUCUCCUUCAUCUCAACCCCAAGAAACCUUCAGAGACUUCCCAAAAUACCCCCACACUCAUCCCUCUCCUCUCUCAUCACCCUCGUACCACUUCCUUUGCCCCACGUCGAAAACCUCCCGGACGACGCCGAGUCCUCCAACGACGUGCCGUACAACAAACAGCAAUUACUAAAAAAGGCCUUCGACUUGUUGGAAUCACCCAUGGCCGAUUUUCUCGAGUCCUCGGCUCCCGACUGGGUCGUCUACGACUACGCCUCUCACUGGCUUCCCCCACUCGCGGCCAAGCUCGGCGUCUCACGCGCCUACUUCUGCCUCUUCACCGCCGCGUGUAUGGCUGUGAUUGGUCCGCCGUCUUUGUUGAUCGACGGUCAGGAUAAGAGGACCAAGACCGAGGAUUUCACGGUGGUCUCACCGUGGAUUCCGUUUAAAUCCGACAUGGCGUUUCGGUACCACGAGGUAGCCAAGUACGUGCACGAGAACGAGUCCGGUACGCCCGAUACGGUGCGUUUUGGGAUCGCGGUUAGGGACAGCGACGUCGUUUUGAUGAGAAGCUCCGAGGAGUUCGAGCCCGAAUGGUUCGAGUUGCUCAGAGAGCUUUACGGGAGGAGCAUACCGGUUCUUCCGGUUGGGUUUUUGCCGCCACUGGUAGAAGAGAAACCGACACGUGUCAAGGACUGGCUGGACGAGCAGCGAGUCAACUCGGUGGUAUACGUGGCAUUAGGGACCGAGGCGACUCUGAGUCAGGGGGAACUAACCGAGCUGGCUCUAGGGUUGGAGCGGUCCGGGUUACCAUUCUUUUGGGUGUUGAGAGACCCGCCCGAGUCGACUCGGGCCGUGUCGGAGAUGUUACCUGAUGGGUUUUUGGAGCGAGUUAGGGACCGUGGGAUGGUACAUUUUGGUUGGGCGCCACAAGUGUGGAUACUGAGUCAUGACUCGGUGGGAGGGUUCUUGACACAUUGUGGUUGGAACUCGAUGAUUGAAGGGUUAGGGUUCGGGAAGGUUUUGAUACUCUUUCCUAUGUUGAAUGAUCAAGGGCUAAAUGCUAGGUUGGCGAACGGUAAGGGACUCGGGGUGGAGAUACCUCGGAACGAGCUAGACGGGUCGUUUACGCGUGACGCGGUGGCCGAGUUUGUGAGGUUGGCGAUGGUGGAGGAGGAGGGCGAGAUGGUGAGGAGGAGGGUCAAGGAAAUAAAGGGUAUAUUUGGAGAUAGAAAUAGGAACAGUCGACUUGAGAACGAGUUCAUAUGUUUUCUUGAGGAGAAUAGGCCGAACAAGCUAGCUUAAGAUUAAUUACCUUGCAUGAGAUACCGGCCACGGUAAUGAAUCCAUUUUUCAUUUUUGAGGUUUUGAUGAUCGAUGUUUUAUUAGUUCAGAUUUUAUAUUCUGAAUACAUCUUAUUUACUAGGC